AAGAAUGAGGAAAGGCGUUCAAGUUGCGAAGUGAACAAGCCCACAGGGGAGAACAGACGACCCACGUUAGAUCUGCUCCGUUACUCUCCAGCCAUGGGAACGUUUUUACACCGUCUAAUGAUACUGUAUCUGUUUUUGUUAUCGGCAUCAAACGUCUUCGGUUCCGACAUCUGCACUUCACAAGGAGUCACCACUUGUCGACAGUGUUUGGCUGCACACCCUAGAUGUGCGUGGUGCUCUCAGGAGGAGUAUGGGAUGGGGGGAUCAGGUGGGUCCCGCUGUGGCCUGAAGCAGAAUCUGCUGGAUGGAGGGUGCAGUCCAGCUGCUGUGGAGUUGCCCCUCAGCACCCUGAGUAUUGAGAAGGACGCACCGCUCAGCGACAAGGCCUCGGGCAUAGCUGAUGAUGUCACUCAGAUAAAGCCUCAAAAAAUCAGUAUUAAACUAAGACCAGGAGAUUCCCAGCGUUUCGAUGUGUCAGUGAAACAGGUGGAUGAUUACCCAGUGGACCUCUACUAUCUGAUGGAUCUUUCAUUUUCAAUGAGGGAUGACUUGGUUCGCCUUCGCACCUUGGGCAAUGAGCUUGCUGUGACGAUGGGCCGCACCACUAGCAAGUUACGCAUGGGGUUUGGAGCCUUUGUGGACAAGACCACCUCCCCUUACAUGUACACCUAUCCUCAAGAGGCAGUGGAAAACCCUUGCUAUGGAAUUGGUACUACAUGCCUGCCUCAAUUCGGGUUCAAGAAUGUGCUGUCACUGACGGAGGAGGUGGCUCGCUUCACUGAGGAGGUGGAGAAACAGAGGGUGUCUAGAAAUAGAGAUGCUCCAGAGGGUGGAUUUGAUGCUAUCAUGCAGGCUGUGGUGUGCAAGGACAAGAUUGGAUGGCGUCCGGAUGCCACACACCUUUUGGUAUUCACCACUGAUGCCGAAACUCACAUCGCUCUGGAUGGACGUAUAGCUGGAAUUGUCCAGCCCAAUGAUGGAAAAUGUCAUCUUGAUAUUGAGAAUGUUUACAACAAAUCCACUGUGCUGGAUUAUCCUUCCCUGGGACUCAUGACAGAGAAAAUGUCUGAAAACAACAUCAAUUUAAUUUUUGCCGUGACCGACUAUAGGGUGCCACUUUACAAGGAGUACAGUCAGCUCAUUCCAGGCACACACGUGGGACUACUGUCCGACGACUCUGGGAACGUAGUUGAGCUCAUUACAGACGCUUAUACUAAAAUUCGCUCUAAAAUGGAGCUGGAGCUACUGGGAGUCCCAGAAGAGUUGCAGCUCUCCUUUAAUGCCACUUGCCUGAAUGGAGAGGUCAUCCAUGGGCUCAAGUCUUGCUCUGGCCUCAAGGUUGGAGACACGGUGUCAUUCAGUGUGGAGGCUCAGUUGCGUAGCUGCCCCAAAGAGAAGAGCCGCACUUUUACCAUCAAACCUCGAGGCUUUAAGGAUUCCUUGGAGGUCACUGUGGACUUUGCCUGUGACUGCGCAUGUGAGGAAAAUGCCAAAGCCGACAGCCCCCUCUGUAGCAACGGCAACGGGACCUACGAGUGUGGUGUGUGUCAGUGUCACCAGGGUCGUCUGGGCCCAAGAUGCGAGUGCUCGGUGGAGGACUACAGUCCAUCUGAUGAUGUCAACUGCAUACCGAAGCCAGGGAACCCAAUUUGCAGCGGGAGAGGGGACUGUUUGUGCGGAGAGUGCUCCUGCCACGCAAACGAGUUUGGUCAGGUUUGGGGCAAAUACUGCGAGUGUGACGACUUCAACUGCUUGCGCUUCAAAGGGGAACUGUGCUCCGAUCAUGGUAAGUGUAGCUGUGGCUUAUGUCAGUGUGACGCUGGCUGGAAAGGAGAAAACUGUAACUGUAGCACAGUCAUAGACACCUGCAUGUCCAGCAUUGGCCUGCUGUGCAGCGGCCGGGGUCAUUGCGAGUGUGGGGUUUGUCAAUGCACUCAGCCUGGUGCCUACGGAGCCACCUGUGAGAAAUGCCCCACUUGUCCUGAUUCCUGCACUAUAAAAAAGGAGUGUGUUGAGUGCCAGCACUUCAAGAGAGGACAGUACAUCAAAGACAACAGCUGCAAUAGAAUCUGCAAAGAUGAAAUUAAAGUAGUGGAUAAACUGGUUUUAGAUUCUCAAAAUUCUGUGAAUUGCUCAUACAAAGAUGAUAAUGACUGCGUGGAGCACUUCCUGUAUUACGAAGAUGAAAGUGGAAAAUCCAUUCUGUAUGUGGUAAAAGAGCCAGAGUGUCCUCAGGGUCCAGACAUUUUGGUGGCGCUCUUGGCCGUGGCCGGAGCCAUUCUGCUACUGGGCCUCGUUGGACUGCUCAUCUGGAAGCUUCUGGUCACCAUACAUGACCGCAGAGAGUUCGCCAGGUUUGAGGAGGAGAGAGCCAAAGCCAAAUGGGAUACGGGUAACAAUCCUUUGUACAAGGGAGCCACCUCCACCUUCACCAAUGUCGCAUACCGGGGCAACUAACGAUUAAAUGCAAAGAGGAAAAACUCAGGGGUCAACGACAGAGAUGGAAUGUAGUAGCAGAGAAAUGGAUGGGAAGAAGAUCCUACACUGUAGCUGAAAACCAAUUAAUGGUGUCAACAACAUUGUGUAAUAAUUGUACAUAAAGUAUUAAAAAAUGAUUAAAACUCUUAAUGUAAGUCAGACAGUUGCCUGCUAUUAAGAUUUCUGUUUUUACACUAUGACAUGCAGUUUUAGUACUGUACAUGCUGAUAGGAGUUAAUUAACAGUAACAAAAUUUUUAGUUUGGCUCGAACUAAAAUAGAAAUAGAAAUCACCAUGACCUAAUAGUAAUAAGUCAGUAUAGAAAAUACAUUCAUGAACAGACUUUUGGAAAUCCUCUUUAGUGUCCUCCACUAUGUGGGAUGUAUUAUGUACACCUUAGCUGUGUUUUUUGAAACUGUAGCAGUUUCCUCUUUAACAGUGUAACUGUUUUUAGUUCAGUUUUCUCUCAAUUGAAAAGGGCAAUUUGUAACAAACCAGGGGAAAUGUGUGCUUUAGAAUUUAGAUAAAUUAUAAAAACACACUUGAAGGGUUUUCAUAUACAAAUACAUUCUCUUUUUCUAAAAAACAAUACGGCUUGUAGUAAUAAUUUUGACAACAAUGCAGCACUCUGUGGAGUAUCGGUUAACCGUAAAAGGGAGUUAAUCCACUUAACUACAGCCUCUAGGCUGUCUUGGUUUACAGGGAUAUUUGUGGUGUAUAUUGUUUUUGAAAUGCAUGUCAAUCCCAGCAUCAUUAACUGUUUUUGUGUUUGUAGGGCUUUUUUUAUUGGUCAUUUUAUUUGUUAAAUUCUAUGUUGAUCAGCACUGUGUUACUCUGAAAUGUCAUGUAAUUUAUUCGUGUAUAUAAACUGAUUUUAUUGCACAUCAAAUGAUAUUGGCCAUUAUGAUAACAAGCAAACUUACUCUUGCUCUUUUGUAUCCACCAUUUAGGAGAAAAGGGAUGUAUUUUGGUUGUACAGCUCAAGUCCGAGAUUCUAAUUGAGAUCAGACGUACAUUACAAAAGUUAUUUAAGAUUAAUAUUUCAGAUCCAUAGUAACAAGUUGUCUUAAAAUUUGGAAAUAGAAAAAUUCUGCCUCCCAGUUUCAUUCAGACACAAACAAGGGUGCUAGUUUACCUCCGGGGCACUAAUGAGGUGCCCUUGAGCAAGGCACUGGACCCCACAAUUGUUCAGCAAGAGCUGUAUAGUUCCUGCCCUCUUUUCCUUAUACUAGGAUGGGUUAAUGCAAAGGUUAAAUCUCAUUGUGUGCUGUGCUGUGUACAUGUGUGACAAGGAAAGUUGAUUGACAUUUUGCAUUUACAGUUUCUCUAUAAAGUGGGUGUUAUAGUAUUAAACUAAUGUCAGUGUGCGGAAGCAAACAUUUUCUUUGAUAACAUUCUGUCAAAUGUUAUCUACUUUACUGUAUCAAGUCAUAAAAUAUUUCCUGUUGCUUCACCCAUGUCAUCCAAUUUGACACAUUUCACAUGUCUGUUCUUGUGCCCUGCUCUGCUGUUCAAUCUGAUGGGUAUUGCUAUCGCAAAACUUUGCGCUUCCCCUCAAAACCCACAAUAUAUCUUCCGGUAUUUCAGCAUAUCCUGUUCACACAAGCCCGAUGAUUUCACUCAAUGUGUGCUGCAUACAGUUUUGUUUCAACUGUUUGUUGGUACUUUAGUUACCCUAGGAAAUAAAAGUGUACAUUCAUCACAA